CACGGGCCCAUCCUCUACUGUCGCUUCGUGAGAAGAAGUCUCCAAAAAUGGGGAGUACAUUAUAAAAAUGGAAGACGGAGGAUUUCCGUUGUUUCCCAAGUCAAAGCUCAGCGGGUUUAUCCGAUUUUCCGAUCACUGAAAAUGGCAAGGCCAAUCGUCGACGCCGAGUACCUCAAGGAGAUCGAGAGAGCUCGCCGGGACCUCCGCGCUUUGAUCUCCAGCAAGAAUUGCGCUCCUAUUAUGCUUCGCUUGGCAUGGCACGAUGCUGGAACUUACGAUGCUAAGAUAAAGGCAGGAGGACCAAACGGUUCAAUCAGAAACGAGGAGGAGUAUUGCCAUGCCGCCAAUAAUGGCUUGAAAAUUGCUAUAGAUCUUUGCGAGACUGUAAAGUCCAAACAUCCAAAGAUUUCAUAUGCAGAUUUGUACCAGCUUGCUGGUUAUGUUGCUGUUGAGGUCACUGGUGGUCCAUCCAUAGAAUUUGUUCCUGGCAGGAAGGACUCCAAGGUCUCUCCGAAGGAAGGACGUCUUCCAGAUGCCAAGAAAGGUGCACCACAUCUGAGGGAGGUCUUUUAUCGCAUGGGUUUAUCUGAUAGAGAUAUUGUAGCUUUAUCGGGAGGUCACACUCUGGGAAGGGCCCAUCCAGAGAGAUCAGGAUUUGACGGUCCAUGGACAAAGGAGCCCCUAAAAUUCGACAAUUCUUACUUUGUGGAGCUGCUUCAGGGUGAAACUGAGGGCCUGUUAAAACUGCCCACUGAUAAGGCUUUGCUCGAUGAUCCUGAGUUUCGGCAUUACGUUGAGCUUUACGCUAAGGAUGAAGAAGCUUUCUUUGAAGAUUAUGCAGCAUCUCACAAGAAACUCUCCGAGCUUGGAUUUAAUCCAUCUGGUUCCAAGACGGUGAAGGACGGCCCCAUAUUGGUGCAGGGUGCUUUUGGUGUUACCGUGGUUGCUUUAGUUGUGGCAUUGGGCUACUGGUAUGAAAACCGAAGGCUUUUAAAGUCAAUAAGGUAGACGACGAAGAAAGGAAGUGCUCUCUGGUUUGGCUACAUUUAUGUCUCGAGUUUUUAAGAGCAAGACUCACAUCUUAAAAUUUCAUAAAAUAACACCUUGCUCCUCUAGAUGUGGACUAUUCCUAAGCAAUCACCGCUAGUCUGUACUGUAAAACACCAUUAUACGGUAUAAGAAUGCAUGGUAAUGCAUUUUGUUGGAAGAAUUGUUAUGAAAAUAAUUGUCUCUUUUAUGCAUUUUAUUCUAUUAAGAAAAUCUAAACAAAGCU